AUGGAGACCAUGCACGAAAUCAUCCCUUUCGCCAAGGAGAUGCUGGCGCAAAAGCCUAGCCGCCGUAUGCUGAAGGUGUACCUUGUGGGCACCGUGGUGGCCUUCUUGGGCAUGGUUCUGGGCCUGGUGGAAACCGUCUGCCAGUCCUUCUCCUCCGGAGAGCCGCUGGACGCAGAGCUCGUUCAGUUGAUGGCUCGGGAGCAGAGGGCACUCGAGACGGAGGAGAGAAGGAGACAGGAGGAGGUGGCAACAGUUUCGGCCCCAGAGCAGAUCACCAUACCCAGGAAGCUACAGCAGGCCACGGGAGCGCAUAGAAGCGCAGGUGCAGCCAACCGACUGCACGCCUCGUAA